UGGGGGCAAGACUGGAUGCGUAAAGUGAGCACUGUGUUCUACUCUUUGCAGGCUUCCUUGCUGUAUCCCACUGAAGGGGAUAAGAAGAAGGAAUCACUGGGACUGCCUUUGAUCCCCCCGAUACGCAGGGCAGUAAGUCCCGAUGUUAGCAGUGCUGCAGGGUCUCUGCAAAGCUCUCUGCAGCUGGAUGUGCAAGAGUCCCAGGAGAUGAGGUCCACACCCAGCAGCAGAAGUGAAGAUGACGACUCUGAAGAAGGAGGGCUGACUAGGUUCAUUUUUUCCGAAUCUUUCCGGCUAUCUCCUUCUAUGCUCCUUCCCUCCGAGCCGUUGCCUCCCAUCCGGAAAACCUCUCAGUCUUCCAACAGAAGAGAAAUGUGCAGCUUUGAGACGGAGAGUGGGAAAAAUGGCAGUGGCUAUGAUGAAGACACCAGAGAAAGAGAGGAGCUGAAGUCAAAGGGAAAAAGUUGUAAGGCUUCCUUGCUGUAUCCCACUGAAGGGGAUAUGAAGAAGGAAUCACUGGGACUGCCUUUGAUCCCCCCAAUACGCAGGGCAGUAAGUCCUGAUGUUGGCAGUGCUGCAGGGUCUCUGCAAAGCUCUCUGCAGCUGGAUGUGCAAGAGUCCCAGGAGAUGAGGUCCACACCCAGCAGCAGAAGUGAAGAUGAUGACUCUGAAGAAGGAGGCCUCCCACUGAGCCAAGCCAAGGGGACAGAUCGUCCCACCAGUCCUGGUCAUAUGAGUGAUGAAGACCUGAGGGACAGCUCUGGAAAGAUCCGUCCUGCAUUGUGCAAGUUGGCUCAAAAGAACUUAGAGCGGAAGAAAAUGGAGCUGUUGGAGAAAGAGCUCAAGAGAAGGAGACAAACAGAAACAUCCUUGCAGCUGCCUCCACAGACAGCUGACCCUGGGGAUGCAGAAGAAGCAAGCUUUAGCCUACCGCCUGUCGAUGGCACAGCUUCCAGUGUGCGGAGAAAAUACCCUGGUAGUGCCUUGAAGGAGAAGGUCUUGAGGAAGCAGAACAACAUGCCCUCACUGCCCAAUAUGCCCAUCAUCCAUGGGAUUGGCAGCUUCCCACGCAACUCCUCAGAACUCAGCCUGCAGGUCGUAAGGCACGGGUGUCAUGUGGAGUGGAUGCCUGUAGUCCUGGAUCAGCGAGGAGUUGAUGUAGCUGCUGUCCACGGCGGGAAGGCUUGGGGUUCUCGACACGGGAGAAGCUUGGCGGGGUAA